UGUGGGGUGCAGUAGAAUUGGGAAGCGGGGGAGGGGGUCUUUGGGAUCGGAAUUUGCAUCCAUGCAGGGGCCUUGGACGACGUCAUGACAAACGUCUGUGCGGUAGUUUGGGGCACGGUGGAGGUUGAGGUGCACCAAUUGCUUCAACCCUAGAUUGCUCGCCUGUUCACUCAGCUCUGUAACGCAACGUGGACGCUGUCUGGUGUGUCGCCGACGAUUGUUGUUUUCACUGGCGUUCCAUCUUGAUCGUAGCACCUUUUUAGGGUUAGGAGAGGUUUAGAUGUGAAUGUUCUUUGUGUUAUGUUGAACCUGUGUCACUGCUGGAGGGAUAGCCAUGGCGAAUCUGGACAAGGGGAUUGCAGGUCGUACUGCACACCUCUCAUGCGCUACAAUCGACCGAUUGGCAUCGCAAUUCCGCACUGCCCUUGACCUCGAUCGCGCUACCGAGCUGCUCCCCGCUGGACGCCGCGACUAUGAUGAGGCACUUCACAAACCUCGCGAGCUGCGGGCUAUGGUUGUGGAUCGGAUUGGGAAGGGAACGAUGGAUGCGAGCAGGAUUGCGGAGCGGCUCCGGGAGCUGGCUCUCAAGGUAGAGUCCGCUGUUGAUGGUAAGAAGACGUCGUCCUCGGGUGUGCAGGCCGCACGCGAUAUCGCUGCGGUUGUGGAGGACUUAGUUAGGAUGAAACGGUGCAGAGCGUAUGUAGAGCGCGUUUUGCAUGUCGAGAUGUUGGUCGGGGACCUUGAAGACUCAGUGGCCAGUAUUGCUAUGGGGCUUGCGGAGCGGCGAUUUAAGAUUGGCGGAAGCGGUACGGUGCGGGGCAGUGGAGAGAGUUUUGUGGAAGCUCUGAGUCGUCUCCGAUCUGUUGAGGAAGCGGUAGCUGCAAUUUCGCAGUCUCGGCCAGAGUCUGGGCAGCUUGUACGGGCUGUUGAAUUACGUCUCGAUCGCGCUGCGUCGACGAUUCGUUCGGCUACAGUGGCCGAAUUUGGUUUGUUUCUAGAGUCCAUGGGGUGGCCUCCUCCUCUUACUAUUGGCGAACGUGACUUUAGGGACAACUCUCAACGCGCAAACCCGCUUCUGGAAGCGUCCGAUUCGUCUUUGUCCAGGUUUAAACUCUACUUUCGAGUUUUGUCAGGAUUACAAGCGCUGCAACAGAAACGAGCAUCUGAACAAUUGAAGAAAGAUUGUCUAAAGAGUGGAAAAAAUACUUGUGUUCCUACUGGCCUCAAUGUGGAUACGUUCCUUUCUUACAAACCCCUUUGGGCAAUGGAGGAAUUCGUUAAGCCAUUCGCAUCGCAGGCUACGUACCACUUCAAGAAAUGGACCCAGAAACCUGAACUCGUGUGUGCCCUUGCGCAUAGUAUGUGUCAAGAGUUUGUGGAUACGGUUGAUGUGCUGCUGCAGCCGAUAAUUAGUGAUGCUGGACUUACGGGCUACAAUGCAAGAGAGGAGUGGAUUCGUCCCUUCUUAUUGAUGGUUCAGAGCUUUCUCACCUCAUCUGUAUUUCCUGGAUUAGUUGAAGAUGUGGAGGAAAGAUCUGCCAUUUCAAGGUCAGCCACUUCUUUAUGGCUGCACACUGUUGAUGAAAUUCUGGCAUUUGACAGUAAGAUGAAAUCUUUCUUAGUGCAAGAUGCCGGCGUUGUUCGGUUUACGUCUGGUGUUGAUUCUGUUAUACAACACGGAAUCGUUGAGAAAACAGGGAGUGGGCUUGGUGUUGUCCACGUGUUUGUUGAACAGCCUCACUGGCUAGACGUGUGGGCUCAAAUCGAGUGUGCAGACGCAUGGGAGAAGCUAAUGACAGUUUUAAACACCGAAGAGGCUUGGCUUGUGAAAGAGAGCAACAGCACAAUCAUUGAAAAGCGGAUUCCUUCUGGAGUGGCUGCAGUUAUGGCAACCAUGUGGUCUGUUAUUGAUAGAUGUCGGUCACUGCCUCAAGUCAAACUUCGGCUGGCCUUCGUUCAAAAGGGAGUUAUUCCGAUUGCUGAAAAAUAUCACGAGGAAAUCCUUUGGAGAUGCGAUCAGAUUAGGGGCUUUGCAGGUCGUGCUACGGAUCUGGACGUCCGUAAAGUUGCUCUAUGCAUAAACGCUGCUCGCUAUUGUGAAAACAAAUUACAGGAGUGGUCCGAGGAUUACUUCUUUCUGGAGCUUCGAUUGGAAGACACAUGCCAAAAAAUUGAAUCUGAACCUGAGUUUGAUUUGCAUGAUGAAGAUGCUGAAGUUUCUGGUCUUGAGGGCACUAUUUUUGAUGAAGUAGUCAGCCUCUACGGCAGCUUUAGAAAGGAUCAGAAUACCAAUCUGGUAUCCACCAUCAUCGGGAACUUUGAAAAGUGUUGCAAGGAUUAUGCCAGCAGCAUGGCAUCCUCGAUUGCUGAGACCUUCGAUUCUGUUGAUGGCGUUUCAGAACGUUAUCCUUCUGUAAAAAGAUCUGGUGUCCUUGGGGGCCAGAGCUUUGAGGAAAAACCAAGAAGUGUAUCCAGUAGUUUUGUGGAGGCACUAGUUAUGCUUCAGCAAGUAUUGCAAGUACUAAGCGACACCUUACAAGAAGAGGACUUCACAGAAUUGUGUUGGAGCCUGAUGAUGAGAUUGGAUGAAGUAUUUGUGAGUACGGUACUCCCGCAAAGCAGACGAUUUACCAGCACCGGCACACAACAGUUGAUGAUUGAUGUUGCUGCACUCUUUCAAGUUUUUCAACCGUAUUCUCUACGCCCUGCAAGUAUAUUCAAAGGAUUGACUAGUGCUGUUAAAGAAACAUGUCGCACUGUAAAAUAAUUUCACCCCAGUUUAAGAAUUUCGCACUCAAUGCUUUGUCAGAAAGGAUAGAUGGUUUGUAUAGUGAAAUGACAGGGCGGAAAAUUAUCCUUUUCCCUCACUAUUUAUUAUACGAGAACAUGUUAUGAUAGGCAUUCUGAUCAAAUCUAUGCUUUUUGAGUGUUGUCAUGCAUGUGACAAGGUAUGUUGAUUUACAAGUUUGUAAUCAUUGUCAGGACCCCGACUCGUAGGUCUUCUUUGGGUCGGUGGUUUUGACCAACCGAAGUAAAUGCUUCAUGUUGCUUACAGAAUUUGAA